UCACCUUUACGCUCCCCUGCGCGCGGUUCUUACGCUGCGGGACCAUUGUGAAGUUCGUCACGCAAGCGGCGUGCGCUCCUUGGAGAAUAGUGUUUGCGUUUGAACCGAAGAAAGAGGAAUAAAAAUAAGCAGCGGGUCAGACUAGUGCUUGCUCGGAUCGUGAGGGCUGUGCUGUUUUGUGCUGUGCGAGGACGCUUGGUCAGCGGCGGUCCGGACGGGGAGCAGUUUGCGGGCCGGGUUGUGAGAGGUCGGGGGUUUUGGCGCCAGGCGGACAGCUCGCAGGGCACCAUGGGAAAGAAGCAGAACGGGAAGAACAAGAAGACGGAGGAGGCGGAGCCCGAGGAGUUCGUGGUGGAGAAGGUGAUCGAUCGCCGCGUGGUGAACGGCAAAGUGGAAUACUACCUCAAGUGGAAGGGCUUCACGGACGCUGAUAACACAUGGGAGCCAGAGGAGAACCUGGACUGCCCGGAGCUCAUCGAAGCCUUCCUGGCCUCGCAGAAGUCCACCGUGGAGCGCACGGAGUCCAACAAGAGGAAAUCCGUCUCGGAGAGCGAGUCGGAAGAAGGCAAAGCCAAGAAGAAAAAGGAGGCUAAUGACAAGCCGCGAGGAUUCGCUCGUAACCUGGACCCCGAGCGCAUCAUAGGAGCCACCGAUAGCAGCGGGGAGCUCAUGUUCCUGAUGAAGUGGAAAGACUCGGAUGAAGCGGAUUUGGUGCCGGCGAAGGAAGCGAACGUGAAGUGCCCUCAGGUCGUCAUCGCCUUCUACGAGGAGCGGCUAACCUGGCAUUCCUGCCCAGAAGACGAGCAGCAGUAGAGCCCUCGCCUGGGGCAGCGUCUCUCAUCUUGCAGGGGAACAUUUAGUUUUUAUCCUAGAGCAGUUCUGUCAAGAUGGAGACUGCUUUCAUGUGUACAUAUUUUAGACACGUCUUGUCCUGAAUGCAGGCUGCUUGUUAAUUUAGCUGCUUAGUUGUGAGCCAGCGGGGGCUUCUGAGAUGAGUCUCUCCUGAUCUCGUGUGGGCCAGGGCCGGUAGGGGGUUCAGACGCAGCACUUCCCCUGCGAGGGUGGCUGUCAAAGUCGCUUUCGACCCCUCGGGGAAAACACCACCGUACAGUCGCACUGCUUCAGGUCCAGCUCGCAUCAAGGCUGAAUGGAUUUCAGGAUCUCGCUUGUUUUUAAGUCCGUGAACAACCUACGGUUUAACUAUUGAUUUGUUCAGAUUUGGUCUUGAAGCUUUCUUUUUUCGUGCAGUUAUAUUUUGUUUUUGGAGUGUAUGUCAUUGUGAGCUUCAUUCCGAUGUGCAUCUUUUAUGUUUUGUAUUUUUUUAUUCCUGGGAACCGGUUUGACUUGAUCGGUUGUUGCCUGGACUGUAUUUGGUGUUUCAGUGUUGUGCUGCACAUGUUUAAUUUUUUUUAAAUUGAUCCCACUGACAUACGUGCACGUCCUGCCCCUGUGUCCAGAGAGUAUGGGUCACGCUGUGCGACAUUCAUCUCUGCUGUUCAGGAGGGCUGACCAAGCGGCUCAGGUUUCCUGGUUUUUCAGAUGUCUGUGAAAAGGUCAUUGUUGGGGUGUUUUUUUUUUUUUCCCUUGUCUUACAAUAAAGGUAUCGUUGGACUUUCUCUGUUUGAGUGUGGGCUGUUUCUCCUCUUGAGGUGGGACACUUCUGACUACAGCAGCACCUGUGAUGGGACAGGUGCGCUCAGGCCUGCAGUCCCUGCAGAGGAGCCCGAGCAGUGGGGCUCCUGCUGAGCCCGUCGCUGGGUCGGAUGGCCUGAGAGCGAACUCGCUUCGCACAUCCUGCACUGCUGUCAGGGUUCCUGGGAAACUGAGCCGAUCAUUGGGCAUGAAAUACAAACUGGGAGCUCCCAAAUUUUAAGGGUGGGGGAAUCGGACGUUGGACUGGUGGCUUUGGAAAUUGACUCUUCAAUUCUUGGGUUUAAAGAGUACUGACCUCCUUCUGUCGCACUGGUAAAGCUCAAAGGAAACUGACCCUCUGCUCAGCCCUGCUCCUGGAGUCCAGUGUCUCGGUUUGAUAUGGCGAUUGCUACAUUUGGCAGUUUGAACUUGUACAUGAUACUGAUCUUGCAGUAUAAUGUACUGUAUUCACUUUUGUAAAUUUUCAAUUGUUCAAUAAAAGUUUAUAAGCUUG